CUUGUCUUUGCACAGAUGCAGCAGAUGGUGAACUCUGAUUCUCGGUUUACCAGCAGCCAGCAGCCAAUCGAGGCAGCGCUCGGACCCAGGAGCCAAUCAGGCAUGAGCCAGCAGAGUCAGCUGUCCACCAUUAACCAAUCCCAGCUGGGGCUGAGUGGGAACUCUGUUACCCAUAGUUCCCCUUCACCUCCUGGAAGUAAAUCCGCCACACCAUCUCCCUCCAGUUCAGCACAUGAGGAUGAGAAUGAUGACGGACUCAGGCUGGGCAGUGGAGGAGAGAAGAGGCCAGCGUCAGUGGACAUCUCCAAGAAACCCAAAACACCAAAGAAGAAGAAGCGAAAGGACCCCAAUGAGCCAGUGAAGCCGGUGUCUGCCUACGCCUUGUUCUUCAGGGACACCCAAGCCAACAUCAAGGCCCAGAACCCCAACGCCACCUUCGGGGAGGUGUCAAAGAUCGUGGCCUCCAUGUGGGACGGCCUGGGAGAGGAACAGAAACAGGUGUACAAGAAGAGGACAGAGACGGCUAAGAAGGAGUAUCUGAAACAACUGGCUGCCUACAGAGCCAGUCUGGUCUCUCAGAGUUACAAUGAUCCGUCUGAAAUGAAGCCGCCCCACUCUUCCUCCACGACUUCUUCUUCUACCUCAAUGUUUACACCCAAACCUUCAGUCUACCCAGGCCAGCACCCUUCCAGCUCACUCGCCCACACUCACCCUCACCAUCAGCCUCACCCUCACUCUCACCCUCAGCACCCAGGCAUGUACAUGCAGUACUCUCACCCUCAGCACCCUUCCCACGCCUCAAGCCCCGGCCUCGGCCACAACCUCCGCCCUCCUCACAACCAGAUGCACCCCCAGCUCCAGGCUCUGUCCUCCAGAGGGACUGUGCCGCGGCCCAGCGUCCCGCACCAGGGAGCUCUGUCCCUUGGCAACAUGGCGGCGGCGUCCACCCCUCCUCUCCAGGUCAGCCCUCCCCUCCACAGCCAGGCACACCUGGGGGGGAUGCACAGUCCACACCAUCAGCACCAGCAGCUCAGUGGACACUCACUGGGAAUGACUCACUCGCCUGCCAUCACACAGGGCUAUCACUCCCCACUCCAGUCUGACUACCAGCCAAUGGGAGGAGGCAUGCUUAAUGGUGGAGCAGUGAUCUCAUCAUCAGUGGACUACCACCAGCUGGGUCGACACACACCGAACCACCACCCCUCUCUGGACUGGAGCACUGAUUAUCAUGGCAACGGAGGUCUUCAGAGAGACAAACAUCUCUAUCUGAGCUAAUCUCAGGACAAAGUGACACCAAACGUCAACCAAGCCCUUCUACUGCCACACCAUGAAACCUCCAGCCUCGUCUCCACAUGAACCCAGGCCAGUCUAGUCCAACCUCAACCCACAGAGGACCACCUACACUUGAACCAAACUUGAGUUCAGCGCUUCAAACUAAAGCCCAAGCAGUAGAAUAAUGAGGCAUUUCUGUGUAUUAUUACUACGGGGGCAGUGUUAAGACCAGGAAGAAGAAAUACUUCCUUCCAGCUCCUGCAUGUCCCUUGGCUGGUCUGACAUCUGUUAUUGGCUGUAUUUUUUCUACUGCAUAUGUGACAUGCUAUGAUUUGAAUUGGAAAUGUGUAUACCAGUGAGGAGAGGUAGGGCAGGUCCUGUGCUGUGAACCAUUAAUGAUACUGUAGGUGUAUAUACUCCAGACUCCCUCAGAAUGGGACAUUCUCUCUAAAAAGAUCAUAUCUGAUUCCUCAUUUUGUAUAAUGAUGGUGUUUACUGUCAGUUCCAAAAGGCUCUGAAGAGCAAGUGUAAAUUGCUGUAACAUAAUUGUUUGAGCUGUUGAUUUAAAAAGCCAAAUUAUUAUUAUUAUUUUUGACCUUGUAGUUGCUGUAUCUUUCUACGGCCAAAGUGAAGAGAACUCGGCAGACAAACGAAGGGUUUAAAACCAAAUACUACACAAAAUUUCCCUGCUGGUUCUUUAAUUAAAUGAAUAUAAGCCUUUGAUUUGAUGCAGUGUGGACCCAAGUCCCGAUUGCUGUCUGUAGAGAUCGUGGUUCUGAACAGAGUGACAGCUUUAUUCAGCUAAAAACAAAUACGAGAAAAAGGCGGAAAAAGCACCUGAGGCUGUUUGUUGCCUUCUUAACCAGGCGUUGACUAAAUAAUUGUGUACGAUUAAAGAACUUUCAUUGUUCUCUGUCAGGAAAGCUCAGAUCUGCAGGGUAGAAAUUCAAUGUAUUUUAGUCCUUGAAAUAAUGAAAUGUCAAACAAUUCUUUGUUGAAAAAAAAAAAAAAAAGGAAACAGAAAUAGUCCUUUGUAAGAUGACAGCUCCUCCUCCUGGCAUAUGUCUGUUGAUAAUAUUGAUUUGGAUCCAAACUGUGUGUGUGUGUGUGUGAGAGAGUGUGUGAAGUGUUAAUGAGAAGGCAGAGUGGCUGGUCGGGCUGCAUGGUCUCUUUUGUCAUCUCGAUUUCUCUGUGCUCAGAGGCUAUUUAAGAAACUAUAACUGUUGCUGGGUUGGCUGUGUUUUAAUGUUGUUUUUUUGUAAAUCAAAUCAAGUUUUGUUUUAGUGUUAAUGAUGAUGAUGAUGAGAGACACAUCUCUCUCGCCCUGUAUCUCUUUGUAUUAAUGUGUUUUUUGGCAGAUGAAAGGACUCUGGGCAACAACAACCAUGAAGGUUUUCUUAUUUUUAGAUUCUAAUAAUGUGUUUGAGAAUAAAGUCAGCGCUGCAUUGAUGUGCAGUCAUUACUCCAAAA